UCUUAGCCCCGGACUCAUUUUCAGUCCAGCACUUGGGUCUGAGUAAACAGCACCGCCCCGAUGGUUGUUUGUUUUAAGUGUGGAGCGAUCCAUCGCACAGCGCAGGGCUCGAUUGACACUGUCUGCUGAUCUGCUACUGCGGAUUGCUCAGAAUAACAAGGCUGCUCGCUAAUUCCCGUCUAUCGGGGCUUUCGCCGAAACACCGAGAGAGUAGGGUCCAAAAAAAGCCAACAAGGCAAGGCAAGACCGCCGCGCCGCCGGAGUCCGCACCCCACAAUGGCUUCAGGAGACCUUUACGAGGUGGAGCGGAUUGUGGACAAGAGGCGGAACAAGAAGGGUAAGUGGGAGUACCUGAUCAGGUGGAAAGGUUAUGGAAGUAAGGAGGAUACAUGGGAGCCAGAGCACCACCUUCUGCACUGCGAGGAAUUUAUUGACCAGUUCAACAGCUUGAAACUGCACUCACACAAACAACCCAAAGUUUCGACCAAAAGUCGUCAGGAACCCAUCAUUGACAGCCACCAACCAGCCACAGAAAACUCCAGAGCUCGGUCUGAGGCCAGAAAGAAAAGGACUUUUGGCCCAGCUGUUGGGGUCAGAGUAGGAUCUGUUCUAGGGCUCAGUGGUGCCGGUUCAGGACCCACUCAGAGGCAUAAGAAAGUGGCUGCAGGACCUGGGAAGACUUUAGGAGACAGAAUAAGCAAAGCCAUGACGUACAAAUCUCCUUCUCAGGCUGGACCUCACUAUGUUCCUCCAUUAAGGGUUUCUCAUAACGGUCUCCAGAAUGGACAGAUGGAGCCUCUCAUUUACAGACCAGCAGCAAGGUCACAUCGACUGCCCAUGGACAGAGUGGAUGGAGAACUAGGAGACAUGGAUAAGAAUGGACAGCAGUUCACCACUGAGCUAGGAUCCCCUCUGGCCAAUGGAAAGAUGCAUCUUCACAGCUCAGUGAAGAGGAAGUUGGCUGAGGAGAAAGGCUACGUGUUUGACAAGCGGCUAAGGUACAAUGUGCGACAGAACGAGAGCAACUGUCGAUUCAGAGACAUUGUGGUCAGGAAGGAGGAAGGCUUCACGCACGUCCUGCUGUCCAGCCAAACGACAGACAACAACGCUCUGACACCAGAGAUUAUGAAGGAAGUGUGUCGAGCUCUCGGUAAUGCAGCUGCAGAUGACAGCAAAUUAUUGUUGCUCAGCUCCGUGGGGACUGUUUUCUGCAGCGGCCUGGAGCCGUCGUACCUGAUAGGGCGUCUGUCCACCGACCGCAGGAAAGAGAGCAGCCGCAUCGCAGAUGCCGUACGGGACUUUGUGUUGGCAUUCAUCCACUUCAAGAAACCCAUUGUGGUGGCAAUAAACGGGCCUGCUCUGGGCUUGGGGGCCUCCAUCCUGCCUCUGUGUGACGUGGUGUGGGCCAGUGAGAGAGCCUGGUUCCAAACUCCAUGUGCAGCCCUCCAUCUCACCCCCUCUGGAUGCUCCUCUUACACCUUUCCUCAGAUCCUUGGUGUAGCUCUGGCAAACGAGAUGCUGUUCUGUGGAAGAAAACUCACAGCACAGGAAGCAUGCAGUCGAGGUCUGGUGUCACAGGUCUUCUGGCCAACCACAUUUAACCAAGAAGUGAUGCUGCGUGUGAAGGAAAUGGCAUCAUGCAAUGCAGUGGUUUUGGAAGAAUCCAAAUGCCUGGUGAGGAGUAUCGUCAUGUCAGUGUUGGAGGACGUGAAUGAGAAAGAGUGCCAGAUGUUGAAGCAGCUCUGGUGCUCAACCAAAGGACUAGAGGCACUCUUUAGUUACCUGCAUAACAAAACGUCUGAGAAGUAACCAUUGAUGCCCAGAAAAAGAAUGUCCACAAGGGUUAUCCACAGAAGGACAUCCAGGAUGAAUGUGCUGCGAUCUUAAACUGAAGAAAAAGGUUCAUUUAAGGUCUUUGUUUCCAUCCAUCAGCAGAGGAAUUCUCUGAGAUUCUGUUUGAUUACACGCAUACCAACAAUUCCUUCAUGAUCAUAUUUGCAACGUUUUUUUCAGACCCUUAACUGUCCAUUUGUGUAUUCUCUUGGAGACAAAAAGCAAAGGUCCAAGUGUGCAUUGCUUAAAUGAUCACUGAAGAAGGUUAUUCAGGGAGGUACAGAGAGUUUCUGUACAUACAAGAUAUGUAUGUGUCUAUGAAAUCAAUGUAUGUGUCUAUGAAAUCAAUGUAUGUAUGAUAGAACGUGAUAACUCCACAAUAAUAUAUCAGAUAUAUUUAUUUCAAGAGUCUAUAGGGGAGUUUCUGUCUGUAUAUAAGAUGCAUUUAUUCAGGACUUUCUUGGGUUGCUUAUUGUUUGAAGUGUAAGCCAAAGUUUGCAUGAGGACACAGUUUCCUGCUCUCUACAUGCACGUUCAUUCUAGCCAUAAACUCGUAUAUAUGUGCUCAUGUGAUCUUAUGGUUUCCCAGAAAAUACAAGAAAUCUCUGGAAAAGUCAGAGGGAAUGGAUUCGUUUUUCCUACUGUGAAGCCUUUAUUAGACAGCGUAUCAUCAGUACCUAUCAUUAUUAUAAUCACCAUACAUUAGCUUCUGGGCCAUGAAAUUAAGAUGAAUGCUCUUGUACUAGGGUACUAAUGAGUCCGUCUGGUGGAUAAGUAAAUUAAAUAUCAUCCUCAUACUGUCCACAUCCAUCUGUCUUUACUUAAUCUCACAUGCAGAAACAAGUUUAAUGUAAUUUUUAUUUCUACAAAUGAAGUCUGAUUGAGGUCAGGGUUUUUCCUUCAAUUGGGGUGGGGAGCUGAGUAAAAUGUACUUGUUUUUUUUCUUUUCUUACAAAUCUGAUAAUUGGAAAUGAAAAACACUGGAAGUCUCAUGCACAUGUCAGCACUAAAUAUACAUGAAUACAAAAUGACUGUAGAAGAUUGAAUGAACGGGCGUCACGUAUCACAUGGAAGGAUUAGCGAUGGAUUUUUUUUAUCCAGUUUAGCUUGAGCUAAAUGUAGUCGCGUUACAUGCAGUACUAUAGGGGUUAUGGCAAACAUGGCUUCCACUUAUAACCGCAGAUCGUUAUUGUGCGACAUCUGUGAUUGUUUUGUUGAUUUAAAAAAAAAGUUGAUUGUGACUACAAAAUCUGUAAAUGAUCUAUAUUGUGGAUAUGCAACAUGUCAUGUAGCUGGAGUCAACUUUGUCCUUUUACUGCAUGUGACGAUUUAAGAUUUCAAGACCUAUUUUUAAUGCCAUGUGUAGAUAAUAUUAAGGCUUCUAUUUUGGUUUACCAACAAAAAAAAUGUAGGUGUGUGAAAACUGUUCGUAAACAGAUAUUUGUCCAGUUUUGCAGUCGUACACAUGCAGUACAGUAUGAUAUACUAAUGAUGUAGACUGUUUGUGACACAGCUUGCAUGUAAUAUACUGUACAGAUAAAUGUGUCGCCUGUCCGGAUACCUUGUAUUGCCGGGUAUGUUUUUGUACCAACAUUUUAAGUAUUGUUAGAAAUUGUGCAGUUUAUUUUUGUAUUUAUUUUGAGAUAACUGUUUGGAUGUGCAGUGCCAUGUGUGAUUUCUUUUGCUCCAGAAGCACCGACUCUCUAAAUGUGAUGUCUAUAUUAUCCCAAUUUAAACUUACAUAAAAAGAAACACUGAUCAUUUAUCACUUUAUAAUUUAAAAAACAGAAUAUCCAAACACUGGUUCCACUUGAAUAUUUAAUUUCAAUUUAAAUAAUUAUAUUAUUAUUUCAACCAUUUCAGACUUAAUGCUCUACUGGUGUGCUUAAUUAUUAUCAGUUAUCACUUUUAUUUAUAGCCAUAGCAGAUUGAUUUCUGAUACUGAUAAAUGAUUUGAUUAAGGUUAAACCAGUCACUUUGUCUGAGGCUGGUGAGCUAAAACCUUUAAAGCUGCACGCUGCAUCAGAAUUUUCCCUCAACCUUAAAUCAAAAAGGGUCCCUACAUUCACCUUUCUGUUAUUCUCCCUCACCUGCAGCAUGAUAAUCAUUUAUUUUCACACGUCUUGCUUGCUUGGCUAAAGGGCCCCAUGCAGUGUGGAGAACUACCUGUUUGAUGUGGUCACUGUGCAGAAUCACUGAAUGCAGAUCAUUUAUGUUCACUGAGCAUAAUCACACAGAUACCUUAUAUAUUUAUUAAUUUAUUUAUUCUAAAGGUUAACAUAGUUUGCGUUUCUUUUCAGUGUGUCGUCGUGUGUGAGAUAUAAAAUGAUUUACCUAAAAUUAAAUGGUUUGAACUCCUUUCUCUUUGAGGCAUCUGAUCAAAAUUCCCAACAAAGCAUGAAUUUAAAUGUGUCAUUAGUUAUUUGUUAAUAACAAAGAAAGUACCCCCAUUUCUAUAUUUAUAAGAAUAUAAUAUAUAUGACUGUUUUUUUGACACUUUAUUUUGGAGUUUUUUUUUUUCCUUUUCAUCAAAUUCAUCCCUUGUGUGUAUUUCAUUAUUUGUCUUUCCCCAUAUGGUCUCAUAGCCCACCUUAGGGUGCCUUACUGUUUAAAUAUCUGUCGGAGAUGGAUCCAUGUGUUGUGAUGGGUAGAGUAAGCUGCUACAAUAAACAAACUGUACUUCCAAAAUGU